AUGAACUAUAAUGAUGCCGUCGAAUUUAAGAUGACGAAUGCGGUUUGUAAUAGCCUCAAUAAAUCAUGGGUUGUCAUACAUGAAUGUCGCCUACGGGCUAUUAACCGGCAUAAAAUAACUUUGAAUUUUAAUGGAACUUUUCUUCAUCCUGCGAACCAUAUGUCAGUUCGACUUGAAAUGUUUCAGAAGGCUAAUGGGUACAAGCCAUGGUUGUUUAAUACAUCUGUUGAUGUAUGCCGUUAUGUAAGAAAGCCAUUUAAUCCAUUUGUAAUUAUGAUUGUUAACCUUUUAAUGGAAUUUACCAACUUUAACCACACAUGUCCCUUCGUGGGUCCACAAAUCGUUAAGGGAUUUUAUCUCAGAUCAAAUCUUUUCCCGCUUGCGAUGCCAACAGGUGAUUACUUAUUGGCAUUAACUUGGUCCUUCUAUGCGAAGCCACAAUUCCUAACAAAUGUAUACUUUGUCUUUAAAGAGGAUUUGUAA